ACACGCAUCCGGCGAUCUCCACCUCCCAUCAUUUUUGUUCCGGAUUGUAAUACAAAAGCCUCAGUUGCUAUUCCUCCUCUAUUUACAAACCGAAGGAGGCGGUGGGGGGAGGAGGGAGAAAAACCAACAAAAACACACGAGUAAAAAGAAAGUGGAACUGUCACGAUGGAAUAAGGGCCACGGUAUCAAAACAACAGCGGCGGAUAACUGCUGGGAAAAGGAAACAAAAUAGAGAGACAUUUGAAGCAUCUUGAGAAGGGAGGACAAAAUACACGUUAUUGGUCGAAGCUAAUAGGCCAGCCGGCGCGCAAACGCAGGUUGUCGGUGCAGGAGGAAGUGCAGGAGAGACACAUACGAGAGAUUGAGGCCUUACCCUGGAGUGAAAGCUGUUAGUCCGUGAUCGAGGCGAGCGUUAGCCCAGGCUCGCGGGCAGCCGUUGGCCGUUGGUCCGGGGCUCGCGGGCAGCCGUUGGCCGUUGGUCCGGGGCUCGCGGUCGGUCGCGUGGUGGAGCAUGAGGACCCGCGCGAGCGAUGCUCGUGCCCCGUGAGAUGGAGUCCAAGGCGCAGCCGCCGCCCCAGCAGCAGCUGGUCAUCCGCAUCAAGGUCCCGGACGGCGGCGAUGUGGACUGGAGCAUCCCGCUAGGCUCGCCGCUGCUCUUCAGGGAUAUGUUGGAUGUUAUUGGUCAGGUGUUGCCAGAUACAACAACCACAGCCUUUGAGUAUGAAGAUGAAGAUGGCGAUCGAAUCACAGUACGCAGUGAUGAAGAAAUGAAAGCCAUGUUAUCAUAUUAUUAUACCACUGUAACAGAACAGCAAGUUAAUGGAGAAAUGAUCGAACCACUACAGAUAUAUCCACGAGCCUGCAAGCCACCUGGGAAACGGAACAUACAUGGCCUGAAGGUAAAUACACGGGCAGGGUCCUCUAAUAAUAGCUGCCCAGCAGUCACAGAAGGCCUGCCGAACAAUAGGUUGAAGAAAUCUUCUGCCGAACUUAAGAAAAUACUGGCAAAUGGUCAGAUGAAUGAACAGGACAUUCAGUAUCGAGAUAUCCUCGGUCAUGGCAACGGAGGGACAGUAUACAAAGCUUACCAUGUUCCAAGUGGAAAAAUAUUAGCAGUUAAGGUCAUUCCUUUAGACAUUACACUUGAAGUUCAAAAGCAAAUUAUGUCAGAGCUAGAAAUUCUUUAUAAGUGUGAUUCAUCGUAUAUAAUAGGAUUUUAUGGAGCAUUUUUUGUGGAAAACAGGAUAUCAAUAUGUACAGAAUUCAUGGAUGGAGGUUCUUUGGAUGUAUAUAGAAGAAUCCCUGAGCAUGUGCUAGGGAGAAUCUCUGUUGCAGUUGUGAAAGGCCUUACCUACCUCUGGAGCCUAAAGAUUUUGCACAGAGAUGUCAAACCCUCUAAUAUGUUAGUGAACACACGAGGACAGGUCAAGCUGUGCGAUUUUGGAGUAAGCACCCAGCUGGUGAAUUCAAUAGCCAAAACGUAUGUGGGAACAAAUGCAUACAUGGCGCCUGAAAGAAUAGCAGGUGAACAGUAUGGAAUACAUUCAGAUGUGUGGAGUUUUGGGAUCUCAUUUAUGGAGCUUGCUCUUGGGAGGUUUCCUUAUCCUCAGAUUCAGAAAAACCAGGGAUCUUUAAUGCCACUACAGUUAUUGCAGUGCAUUGUUGAUGAGGAUCCACCAGUCCUUCCAGUUGGAGAGUUUUCUGAGCCAUUUGUACAUUUCAUCACUCAGUGCAUGAGAAAGUUGCCAACAGAAAGACCUGCACCUGAAGGGCUUAUGGUUCACCCAUUUGUAGUGCAGUACAAUGACAAGAACGCAGAAGUGGUUUCCAUGUGGGUUUGCAGAAUGCUUGAAGAAAGGCGCUCUCAACAGGGUAUCCAGUGACCAACCUCACCAGUCUCUACAGACAAAGGAUGUUAUGAAGAUAACAAAAUCUCAGCAGCAAAAGCAAUUUUUUUUCCCUCCAGUGUUGCCAGAUCAACGUAGCUGAGUGUUCCGUGACCACAGCACGCCUUAUAUUAUCUCAUACAAGCAGACGACAUCUGUAACUGUCCUCUGACUUGGCAGGUGGUCUCAAUUACAGCCACCAUGAUGUGAUGUAUAGACUGUCUACGAAAAGGGGUAUAUCACAGGAGGCCAACACAUUACAAGCAGCAGUGUCCAGGUUUUCAUAUCUAAUUCACUGCACAGUUUAUGUAUUCCUGUUUGCCCUGUGUGAAUUCUGACAUAAUCUGCCCUAUAUCUGUAAACUGGGAACAUUGUUACUAAAGAAAAUAAUCUUGUCAUUGAGACAGGAGAUAUGAUAAACUCGGUAUGCGAGACAACGAGCUGCCAUUCUACACUGAUUGAAAGCAAUUAAUAUUUUGGAUAUGUACUUAUUUUCCUGCAAAUACAUUAUAACAUUUCGGAAUGCAAGUAAAUAUAAAGCCGUAAAUUUAUUAUAAUAUUGCAAUGAUUUUAAAUGAUUUGAUCAGACUUGUAACAAAAUUCUAUAUCUUUGAUCUGCAGUAAUGAUGUUUAAUAUUUGAAUUUCAGUUUUGGAUGAAGUACUCACAUUAUGUACAGUUUUUUGGUUGAUAGAUUCAGCUAAAAUAUUUCCAUCCUCUAUUGUGCAUUGCACUGAUCACUCUGGUAAUCUGCGCAGGCACUCAAAUGCCUUAUAUCAUAAUAUCAUGUUCCUUUGUUCAGUAAUGUGCAGUUUCUUGCUGAUUUUCUAAAACUUUGCAUUAAAUAAAAAAACUUAGCAAAAGCCUAAUAAUGGUAACAAACAAUGGAAUUCAUGACAAUAACUUACUAAUUCCUCAAGCUAAAAAGCAUACAAUUCUAUAAAAAUGUGUAUAUCAUCCAGCAAUGAUGUUUCACCCAGAAGGUUGAGACUGAGCAUUUCAAAAACAAGAAGAGUAUUCUGUAUGUUUAUUUAUGUAGUAUUCACUUUAAUGUCCCUGUUUACCUUACACGCACAGAUUUUGGAUCAGGAAAGUAGUGGCAUAUUUGACAAUACAUUUAACAUCAAUACUAUAUGAUUGGAUCAUGCUAAGGAAGAAUUAACUUUCAUUUAUGUGGUGUUUUUGAUGUUCUCCAAAUACAAAAGCCAAUGAAAUAGAAUUUCAGAAUAGAAGAAUAAUACUUACAACACAAAAACAAGUCAUUUGGACCCCAACAGGUGCAUGUCAGUAUUUAUGCUUCAUGUGAGCCUCUUAUCAUUUUCCACGCAUUUAUGUUGACAUGUUUUUCUUUUCUCCCUAAUAUAUUCAUGUAUCUUCCCAUUAAAUAUAUCUAUGCUAGUUCCUUCACCUACCCUUUGCGGUAGCAGGUUCCACAUUUCUGAUUGCUCCCUGGAUAAAAAUAUUUUGCCUGAAUUUCCAAUUGAAUUUGUUAUGUCUAUCUUAUUUAUUAUAUCUGACCUAUAUUUUUGGCAUUUAGUUCUGGUCUCCUCCACUGCUGGAACUCUCAUUUUUACAUCUUCCCCAUCUGAUUGUUUCAUAAUCUUGAAGACCUCAUUCGUGCCACGGCUCAGUCUUUCCUUUUCUGUAGAAAAGAUCUCAACUGGUUCAGUUUUCUUAAUGUGACUUCUCAAUCCUGGUAUCAACCUAGUACAUUUUUAUUUCAUUUCCUGCAGUGCCUUUUGUUUAUUAUAUGAAGACUUGAACUGUUCAGAAUUCUUUUUUUCAAGUGGUCCAUUGAAGUUGAGACUGAAACAAACAGAAAUUGUUGGAGAAACUAAGGAGGUCUGGUAGCAUUUGUGGAGAGAAAACAGAGUUAACGGUUCAAGUCCACUCACCCUUCUUCAGAGCUGAAUUCACUGGGCUCAAAAUGUUAACUCUGCUUUCUCUGUACAGAUGCUGCCAGACCUGCUGAGUUUCUCCAGCAAUUUCUGUUUUCAUUUGAAAUUUCCAGCAUCCGCAGUUCUGUGAUUUAUUUGAGAAAUUGACAAUUACUUGUUUCCGCUCAGGCUGCAUAGGUUCUGAGAAGACUUAUACGUACAUUGAGAAAUCUAAAAACUGCCAUAUGUUUUAUGGGCAGGUUAGACAAGUUGUUUGCAGAUUUAUGUACUGUCACUGACACCUCAACUUCACCUCUGCAUAUUCCUGACAAAGUUUUUCAAUGUCCUUGAGACUCUACUAAAUGAGUCUGCUUUAUCUUGGGUCAGACACAAGCCAGGAUCUGCCAAAAGUCAGCAACUUUGCUUUGCUUCUUCAGGAUGCUCUGAGGACAUCGCUAUACCUUUUUCAUUGACUCUUACCGGGACCAAGGUCCAUGUAAGGCAGUUGUUUCAGGAGCCUGGCAUCAGCCGAACACACUUACAGAACUGGUGGUGAGUGGUUAACACCACAAUGCCACACAAGUUGGCUAGAGAUAGGAUGCUGUUAUUGAAUUCAGCAUUAAUGGGAACUGCAGAUGCUGGAGAAUCCGAGAUAACAAAGUGUGGAGCUGGAUGAACACAGCAGGCCAAGCAGCAUCUCAGGAGCACAAAAGCUGAUUCUUCGGGCCUGGACCCUUCAUCGGAAAACGUUGGUCCAGAGGGAGGAGGGUAACUUCUUCAGGUUAGGCAUCCUGGAAGAGGCUUCGCAGUGAGGUUAAAGGGUCUAGGCCUGAAAUGUCAGCUUUUGUGCUCCUAAGAUGCUGCUUGGCCUGCUGUGUUCAUCCAGCUCCACACUUUGCUGUUAUUGAAUUGCCCGUUUUGCAAAGACAGCACUGGUGGCACUUCUCUGGUUGUUUGAGGUGCCUGCCAUGGUUUGUCCAAGUCACUGAAGCAUAUUGGAGUACAGAGAGUACUACAGUCCUGAGAACUAGUCUUGGAUUUAAGAUCUUAUCUUCACCUUUUUUCUCAGUUGGUUGUGGACUAAGCUGACACAUUGGAGCAAGGACAAAUUUUUCGGUCCGUGUCUAACUUCAUUGAGAGAUUUGCCCCAUUUUCCAGGAUGUUGAUGUUGAUCUUAAUCAGCAGUAUGGGAGGUAUUGUUGUUAUGCCCUGGGCUUGUUGGAUGUGGACCCUAGUUUUCAGGGUAUUUAGUGAAAGCUAGUCUGCAUUCUGAAGCUCUCUGACUCAGGAUGAAAUGAUUUCACUUUUGGAUUGAAGUAGAGUUAGUGGAACAGUUUACCUUUUUAUGAUGCUAUUUUGUUAACCAGUGGCUUGUAGUUGAUUUGAUUUCUUUUUUCUCUCUCUAUUGCCCAUUAGAGUCUCAUGGCAGACACUGAACAUUUUAUUGUCCAGAUCACUGAAGUCUGCAUCAUGCUGAGUUCACUAUGAAAUGGCAGGAUCUGUGAAGAUGCCUAUAAGAUAAUCAUUCCAUCCUCGUGAGCGAGAAAACCACCACCACCUAAAAGAAGACAAACAUAUUUUCUGUUAUGUGGGCAAGGUGAAAGCAAAUUUGGACACAGCAACAUUCAACAACAACAAAAAUAAAAUCCUUAGUUAAUCUGCUUUGGCAGAGUUACUUGAAGGAUGAAAAUGGGCUCUCACUUCCGCUUCUUCAGUUAGUGCCACAGGACAUUUUUUAAUCCACCUAAACAGGCAGCCAGAGUAUCUGCUUGAUGCCUUAUUCAAAAGAUAACACCACUAAUAUUGCAGCAAUCCUUCAGCACAACAGUAACAUGUCUGUUUAGAUUGAAUUCCUGUGCUUGAACCCAAAACCUCUUGUUUUCCUUCAAAUGAAGCGCAAGCAUUCUUGCCUAGAUACUAUAUCCCUUCGAUUGACUUGCUUCCAAAUUUUAACCACCUAAGUCCUCUAAUGCAAAACUUUGUUUUUCCCUAAACCCUUCAGAAAGUACUCUAGAUAGAGCAUCUGCCCAGCAUAGCUCAAGACCAAGAACUAAAUUGUGAUGAAACCCAAACCUACAUCUUUCCUAUACUGUCACUCUACAUGAGUUCGCUGAUGCUGUUGCUAAUAUAACCACAAGUGUUCAUAGCUGCCUCAACAAUUGUGUCCGUGCCCAUUUUCUUACAUUGAAACUGUAGUGAAAUUGAAUAAAUAACUAUUUAAAUUAUUUACAGCAGUCAUUAUCAAUUAAGUGCUCAUGCAACAUAAUUCUGUUAGAAUAGAAGCAUAAGUGUGACCUUACAUUGGUUUUAUAAUACAAUUUUGUCUACAUUUUCACAAAGGUUUUGUGGCAGUGUAGUCAUUUAAUAUGACAUUAGUAGCAAAAAACAUCAAUGAAAUUUGUCCAAUUUUUUUGCCUUCUGUGGCUUCCAAGAUUUUUUACCAUGGAAAUGAAAGCUAUUUAUCAAACUUCAAUUCUAUUUUUUUUGGUAAGUCCCUAUACACGUUAAGUUGAUUUUACUACUUGAUCUAUUGCUGUGAUUAGGUUCUAUUCACAAAUGAGGCAGUCAGAACCUCUGAAACAUCUAGGCCCCCAACAUUAAAAUAGGAUUGACAAGACAAUUAAAUACGACUCAAAAAUCUGAGUUUCUUAGAUCUCAGAGUUCAAAUUUGCCUGGGCCACAAGUUUACAAAUCAGAGAUUUCUACCUUAACAUGCUUAGAUGCUAAUUUGUAUGCCUGAUUUCAGCACAGGUACAAACUCUUAAGUUUGAAACCUGGUUUUGAAGCUCAGUAAAAUAAUGAGCAAAGGAAUUUCAUAUUAGUGAUUGCAAGCAACAGCACAAUUUACCCCAAGUGGGAAUUAUUGUGUAACAUCCUGUGUUGCCGUCUUUACACAUCUUGGCCAGGGGCUUCUGCUUUGACCUAGAUUAGUAGCAAGCUUCUGCUUCUUUGACUAUGAUUGAUCUAGUGUCAUGUCUAGUUGGAAUGUGUAUGCGGUCUUUUAUUCUACAUGAUAUUAGAUAAUUUCAGUCUGGAAAGGAGAAGAAACAAGUAGAAGUUGAAUAGUUCAGAACACUAAACUAAAUUUGAAUUAUUUUAAAUUGGUGGAAAGGGGAAAAUUAGAUAAUUUUCUGUUAUUAAUGUUUGAAGCAGUGUGUUUGGGUUUUUUUUAACAUUUUGGUUUCCGUAACAGCUUUGCCAGAUUCAGUCUCUGCAGAAAUUUUGCACUGGUAACUAAGUAGCAGGAAUUCCAAUCAUAUGACCAGCCCAGCUCACUUGUGACCAUCUGUAUGGUGUGGAUGCUUAUUGGCAUGCUAUCUGUGGUGUGCAUGUCAGUGUCUAUGAUUUUGACCUGCUACUGAUAUUUAAGAGCUUCCAAAAUAAAGUUAUGAGAGUGGUCAAGUUUGUUUUUAGCAUGACCCUGUGAAAAUGUUUGAGUUCCAUUGCAGUAUAUAGUCCAAAUCUGGCAUGUGUGGGGGAAAAAAAAUGUGCAGGAAUACUGUUUGAAUAAACUUCAAGUUUAGCAGGCAGAUACCUUUUUCAUUUCCAGACAGCUGUUCAAAGUCUGCCAAAUGCAACAUUUUCUUUGGCAAUUCUUGCAUGAGUCUUGUCAUCAAUAUGGCUGACUCAACAGAGAUGCUGCCAAGGUGUGAACUUAUCUGUUGCUGAAAUGUUCUGGUUGCAGACUGAAACUUUGGUCUUGAAUGAGGGUUUUCCUGGCAUAUUUCAACCAUUUUCUUUGUGUUGUAGAUGUUGCAUGCAUGAAAGAACACAUCCAUGCUACAUUGAACUGACAGCUGGUGCAUACAUAGGAAAUCAUAAAGUCUGUCCUUGGAGACCAUAGUCUUCACCAGAUUCAUCUCAGAUUGAGCAGUUUCCCGGCCAGGCAAUAUCUGGUUUUGAUACCAGGAUCACCACUGUACAAGGCAUUGGAGACCAUAGCAGAGAAAACAAGCUGAAGACACUUAACAUCCAACUUUGCCUAACUCCAUAAGACUACUAUGGUGGAUCAAAAGAUUUAUCAUUAUCCAGUCUUAACUUUGGCUUGUGCACUAUUGCAUAGAUCCCAGACAAGGCAUGCAGUGACCUUUAAGGCAGUUAAAUUACAAUACAACGUGUAACAUUCCAUUAUGAAUGCGUCCACCUCCCCUUCACCUUCAUUAGUAGCAGCGGUAGUAAUAGACCAGAAAUAUAGUUAUUAUAAACAGGCUAUGUGGUCAGUAAGCACAGAAUCCAAGCUAUAUGGAAGUUUGAUGAAUUAAUACAGUAUAAAUGGUUACUGUUGUUAAUAAAUUUCAAGACAUCUGCCUCAACAAGAGCCAAAUUAUCCUGCAAGUGACAAUGUUUGGGGAACAUUCAGACCUUACCAUACAGGCAGUGGUUUUGAAUUCAAGCCCCAUCGUGAUAGCAGAUAGUUGAUACUAAAAAGUGAUAAUGUUUAUGACAAACCAUUCAGGACUAAAGUUCUCUAACCUGUUCUGAAGCCUAGAGACCUGAAUGGAUUAGGAACACUUAUGAGUCUUCUCUUUAUUCUUUAUUAUGAAUGUGUUGUCAUAGUUUAUCCCUUAGAUCUGGUACAAUGUUACCAGAAAUUUAGAGAUUGCACUUGACAUCAGUCCACUGGGAGAUUAACAAGGUUGCAUGAAGUUCAAUGCCUGCAAGGACCCUUGGGCAAAAUGCAGGGAGAGAACUUUUCUUCAUGCUUCUAAGGCCUUGUGUCUAUCCACACAUUGAUCAAUUCCGCCAUCUUUUUGAGGCUUUCAUUUGUUUCUCAAAAGAUGUGUGCCCCUGAUCAACUCUUCUCACAAUGGGUCUGGCAUCCCAUGUGUUGACAUUACUGUCUUAAAUUCAAAAUGGACUCGGGAGCUGUAUACAGCUGCAACUGUUUGAAAAUAUGAAACCUACAGCAAUGUUUAAUCAGCUGACUCAGCUAUUAUCAGUCCACAAAUUGGAAUAUGAGGUGUUGCUCCUCCAGUUUCCUGGAGGUGGUGUUGUGGCACUGGAGGAGGCCCAGACUGGACGUAUCAUUCAGGGAGUGGGAAGGGAAACUGAAGUUCAUGACUGGAGAGUGUUGUCAUUUGUCAUGAACAGAGUGCAGGUGCUGUUCAAAGAAGCGUCCAAGCCUACUCUUGGUCUCGCCGAUGUAGAGGAGGCCACGUUGGGAGCAGCAGAUGCAAUAGACCACACACAUUAGCGCAGCAGCUCAUGGGUUAGAACCGCUGCCUCACAGCACCAGGGACCAAAGUUCAAUUCCACCCUUGGUCAACUGUCUGUGUAGAGUAGCUGCCAAUCCUGUCGGUUGGGUGCGUGCGUUUGCGUGUUCUCGCGUUAUAUCUAUCUAUCUGUCUCUAGCUGUCUGUCUGUCUGUCUGUCUGUCUGUCUGU